GAAACCAAAACAUAAGGUGCGAGUGCAUAAACAAAGAAAAGGUAGAGGACAGGGGCCUUUUGUGUCUAGAAUUCUGUUGGACCAAGUUGAAUUCAGUUAGAUUGAACAUCAGAGUAACUGCAUGGCCGUCUAGCUUUGCUCUGUAGAAGUUCAUUCAGCCCAAUCUACAUUUAAUCGCUUCAUCAUGAAAAGAUUUACCCCUCAGCGUCGUUCCAACGUGCCAAACCAUAAAAAGAAAGCAACAACUAGCAAACCCAAGAAGAAGACUGAGAAACCUCUACUUCUCCCUCCUGAGGAGCCAAGUGGUCCUGAUUUAAUCAACAAUCUGAAUGACGAUUGUUUAGCCAGGAUUUUCAAGUACCUUUCCCUGGAUGAACGACUUACGAUUGAAGCAGUUUGCAAGCGAUGGAAAGAUGUUGCUCAGUUGGCCUGGGACGAUAUUAAAACCCUAGACUUCGCUUCAGCUCUUCCUGAGAAGAGUGAUCUAUUAAAAUUACCAGAAGCCACCAGAACAAAUCAAUGCAUCGGAAGAAUCAUCAGGAAAUGCGGCCGUUAUCUGAACCGACUUCAACUUGCUGACCCUUGCAAUUCCAAAAUUCUUCCACUUGUUGGUCAACACUGUCAUAAUCUAGUGAGACUGGAGAUUGAGCUCGUUCAUUAUGACAAAAACUGUGCCAAACUUUUUCCACAAAUGCAGAGGUUGAAGUACUUGGAGAUUAAGGGAAUCAGACAGCAUUUUCCUGGAGAUUUUUUUCUGGCUCUGCCCCAUGAGACGCUCACUGAAAUACAUCUCUGGGCUCAUUUUGCUGAUGCUCAUCUUCCGACUUAUGUUUUUCUACCUCGUGUAGCUCCUAAUGCAUUCCAGAGUCUCACCAAACUUACAGCCCUGACCCUCAAUGGUUUCUGCCUGAAGCCAAACAUGAUGAGAGUCAUAAGGCAAAAGCCUGAACUCACCUUCCUCUCCAUCGCCAACUGUUCGAUCAGAGGAGAACCCCCACACCUGAACGUUCUCACCAAGCUGGAGCAUCUCAACCUCACCAAAGUCAUCGAAGUGGACAACAACUUCUUACGUCAAAUUGCUGAAAACUGCGAGAACAUGAAGUAUUUGAAUCUCAGCAAAUGCAUCAACGUCGAAGACACUGGGAUCAAACAUUUACUACAAUUAUCUCAUCUCGAAGAACUCAUCCUCAACGACGUAUUCAAAAUCACAGACGCACCACUCGCUGGAAUGCACAAUCUUAAAAAAUUGGAGUGCGAGAGUUGUGACUCUGUGUUCGACGAUGGGAUCAUAUCAUUGAUAAAGUAUUCAUCCAAACUAGAGUACCUGAAUGUGGCAGACACUGGAGUGGGUGAGAGGGUUCUCUAUGAAGCCACUAAAAUCACUAAAAAAAGGACCAACAAUCUGGAGCUUCAUCUCGUGGUCAGCAAUUCUAUUAAAGACGAUUGGGAUGAGGGUGAGGAGGACUACUCUCCUCUUUUGAGUGUCGAAGGGAAGGACGAAGGCUUUGAUGAUGGCAGUGAUUCAGACUUCGACGUUGAUGAUUAUUUUGAUGAUGACGACGAUUACGAUUACGAUUAUGAUGACGAUGAGUUCAAUAUGUUCAAUCCUUACGAUGAUUACGAUUAUGAUGAAGAUCAAUAUGCACUCAAUUUCCUCAGGCUUCUUUAAAUUUCUGCCGACUUAAGGCCUGGCUCCAUUAUUUACCGAACGUUAUCUAGAUUGCGUUUUUUCUUCGAUUUUUAUCUCGAAAUUUCAACUCGGAGCCCCGUCACUCAGAAAUCCCCGAAAUUUUUUUAUUUCCUCUGUACUCCCCCAUGGUAAUUAUAUAUUAUUUCUAUUUCCUCUUGAAAUAAUUCCUCAAUAUUAGUGAAAAAUGCUCUUUCAAAAUGUUCAGAUUUUUUUCCUUUUUUUUUUAAAUCUAAAUUCAGAAUUUUUGGGUGUCCGUGAGUGAUGGGACAUCUAGUUCCAAUUUCGAGAUAAAAAUCAAACAAAAAAAUCAAUUUAAAUAACGUUCGGCAGAUAAUGGAGCCGGGCUUUAACAUAAAUAUUUUUUUAUGUAACAUUGUUGGAGAUAAAUCCCAUCGAAAUGCUGUGUAAUUCAACACUGGAUAAAUUGAGUGGAUAAUUUUGAACCAUCACUGGGAUUUAAAGGUUUUCCGUCUUUUUUUUUCGGGUCAAAGAAAUGUUGAAUCUUUUUCCUAUUCAUUAAUCCGACUCUUCUAGGAUUUUUUGAUAUUUUUUUUUAGUUUUAAGGCAAUUUGAAAUCAUGAAGCACGUGUCCUAGAAGAAAAGGCGUAACUCAGAGGGAUGAUUCAAGAAUAUCUAUCUUAAAAUUUCAAUUCAAAUAGAUCUAACUCAGUAUUGUGGCUUAAAAAAGGUUAAUUUAAUUCCUCCGCCAAGGAAGCAGUAUCUCAGUUGAAAUUUGAAAAGGAAUAAUUUCAUUUAACUCAUUUAACUCAGGAACUCAUUGAACUCUCAUGAAAUAUCGUUCAAGUGAUAAUGCUUUGUAAUAUAUUACAGAAAUUCCUACAGUUUUAAUGAAUUUAUUGAGACAUGUAUUCAUGUACAAGUCAUCGUGAAAUAUUUCGCCCAUUCUGGACUUACAAGUUUGAGAGCCCAUUGACGGUCAAGUUCUAAGUAAGAACAAAAUGAAUAGGGAGGUAGUUAAAAAGUUGAAUGCAGAUAGCUGGCUGGUACGUCCAAGCUGCAGUAUUUAGUUUAGUAGUGAAAAGUUUUGAUGAAUGUUGAGAUUUAAAGGGGGACCCAGGUGAAAUUUGAAAGUCUUUGGUUGAUAAAAAUAACUAUGAAGUGACUUUGAGAUAUCAUGGGUACCUAAAAAAAAGAAAAAUUUCAUACCCAACCCAUUUUACCCCAAACGUCAGACGAAAAUGUCGUUUUUUCUGUUUUUUUCUGUGAAAUGCUCCUCGCACCACAACUUUCAUCCGAUUUGAACUUGUUUUCUUUCAAAAUCUUGUUUUCGUUUACCUUCCAUGCAAUAAAACUAGGAAUUUUUUUCGAUUAUCUCAAUUAGAUCAUAGAAAAAUUAAAUUUUUUCGGUUUCGUCAACUAAAGAUUUUUGUUAACUUCAAAAGCGUAUAUGUAUAAUUUUUCUCCUGAAAUCAGCUUGUAUAUACUAUUUUGAUGUUCAACUACUGAGAAUAAUCAUUUUCAUACGGUUUGAAAAAAGGAAAAAAUAAGUAAACCGAAAAAAUUGAAUUU